AUGAACACUGAAAGUAAUAAAAUACAAAAUAACAUGUUGAUUAACAACGCCGAAUGUAUAAAUUUAUAUGAAGAAGUUGUAGAAACUAAUAUUCAAAACGAGGUACCCUUAGAUUUAAUUCAAGUUAAGGCUAAUCUUCAAGAGGUGAAACGAAGAAUAAAUUCUUUUGUGUUCAGAAAAAGGCAACAAAUUAAUUUGAGUAAUAUUCAAAAUUUCAACAUAAAAAAUAAUGAGGACUCAAAUGAAAGCACGUGUGCAAGAGUAAAUGCUCUUUUUAAAAAACCUAAAAAUUCAAGCAGUCAUCUUAAAGUUCACAGAGUGGAAAAUACAAUCGGUCCUUCUUUUCAAAAUUCAGACGAAAAUAAAUCGUCGAGUAUGAAAGAAUAUUCUUUACAAGAUAAUUGUCCACCUGGAGCUGAAGAACGUUUAAUAAAUGUUGAAAAACAUUUAAACAUCAAUAAAUGUUCAGCAAAUGUUUUUUCACGGUUAAAAGCAGUUGAAGACAGGAUUUUGUAUUUGGAAAGUAUUUCUCCAGAAUAUUUUUACUUUGAAAAACGUAAUAACGAGUUAACCAAAGAUAAACCUGUAAAUUCUAAAAGAACUUAUUCAUCAUUAGAAUUAGAUACAAAACUUCAGGAGUUGGAAAAUUACACUCACACAGACUUCAUAAUUGUGUGA